AUGGCGUUUAGCCUGACCCGUACUAGCGCAGACACGAACACGGGCUUCGAAUGUCUCAAGCAACCUUCGCACCACGAUGGAAAGCACUCGUUGGCAUCCUCACCAACACAAGGCUCUGCUUCAAGGGGCCGCACGCUUAUCCACAGCAUCGACAACGUCGCGAGUACACCUAGCCCACCCGUCGCCGGUGGCCUCGACCCUCAGUGGGCAGGCUUGGCGUGGACUCCACCUCCACAGUCCGGCUUCCAAGCCCAACUCCAACAAAAGGCCGAUAUCAUCGUACUGCUUGCCAAGGGCAAAGAUACAUCUAUCAAUUGCGCUCGAAGUAUCUUCAAGCAUAUCACCGAUAUCACAAUCGACAGGAUCAUCGAUGACCCAAGCAAGAAACCUCUUCGCGGUCGGAUGUAUGAGUACAUCGUCCAGAUCGUCGAGGAGACGCAGGGAAGCUCCUAUGCCUUGCUGAAUAAGCACCGCAACGACUUUGAGGCUGUGUCUUUGAAUAUACAAGAUGAGAUUGGCCCUGGUGCGUUUGAGUCUGCCUAUCGCCCGGGGACUAGCUUCAACGACGCUAUCAUUGGCUUCCCUCCCCCAAGCGUGGUUGCUACUAGCCGCGCUAACGAAGAGCUCAACAUGAGUGUCAACGAGGAGAUGACGGCUCAGAUCGAGGUCUGGGAGGCCAUGGCUCGCCAAAUAUGCGAAGGCUAG